UGCCUAUAUCCACCAAUGGACAUUCAGUCAGAAUCCAUUAGUCAGACGAUAGGAGGACGUUGGAGCGCAUUCCGAUAUCAACAUCGUCAAGGGGCCCCUGCUUCCUUAAAGAUGGGCCUAUUUUCAGACAUUUUCUCAAACGAUUUAUUUAAUCUUCGCAAAAUAAGACUACGGCUGUUGGCAACGUUUGUUCCCACCCUUGAUCUUGUUCUUAGCCGAACCCCAGUCUCUCUUACAGUGCACUCCUCCCCUAAACAGCCUCUGGAUGGGGAUCAGUCACAUAUGGAUCUGGGGCUUGAGCGCAUCACUCCCUUCCUUCUCAUCCGUCAGCAAACCGAGCAGAUCGUCGCCUGUUAGCUGCAGAUUUUGAGAGCAGAAGAUAAGUGAGCGCGCCAAAGUGACGCAUUUCAGAAAGCAAGUGGGCGGCGCGCACGUGAGAUCCCUGCUCCGCUUCCAGGGUCGAUGCAGGACUGGAGAACCGCAAACACCGAGUCCUGCCGUCCACAUCUACAGCGGGGAUGGCGUCGCUGAGUUUGGGGCUUAAUCUGGCCCGCAAGCGCGGAUCUUCAUGGAGCGGCGCCGUGGAGCGGAGGAAUCUGCUCACCGUCUGCAGAUUCUCAGUGAAGACCUUGCUCGACCGCUCCUGCUAUGAGACCAUAGACGACUCCUCUCCUGAGUUCAUCAACUUUGUCUCCAUCCUGGAACACAUUCUUAUUAACAGACUGAAAGGACAGACCACCUGGUUUGGUUAUGAGAGUCCUCGGAGUUUCUGGGACUACGUGAGAGUGUCCUGCAGAAGGGUCCUCCACAGCUGCAUCCACAGCAUUGAGAGUAUGGAGAACAUCCACUCCUCCAGAGCCAAGGGCAGGGCGUGGAUCAGGGUGGUUCUGAUGGAGAAACGACUUUCUGAAUACAUCUCAUCUGCUCUGAGGGACUUUAAAACUACUAGGAGGUUCUAUGAAGAUGGGGCGAUCAUGCUAGGAGAGGAGGCUAGUCUGUUGGCAGAUACUCUGAUAGGACUCAACACCAUUGAUUUCAGCUUCUGUCUGAAGGGGGAGGGGCUGGACGGCACCUGUCCUGCUGUUAUCGACUACACCCCCUACCUGAAGUUCACACAGAGCUCAGACAGCAUCAGCAGUGACGAGGAGGAGAUGAGGACCCUGGGAAGCAGUGCCAGUGAGAGCAGCACGCCAGACAACAUGGUUGCCACGGCGGCGGCCAUCUUUACUGAGCAGAGCAGCUGGGUCAGCAAGUGUAAACGACUGGAACAGAAAUACAGCGCCGUACUGGAGCAGAAGGGUUACCUGCAGGAGCUGGUGUGUCUGAGAGAGGGCCAGCUGUCGGAGGCCGUGUCCCAGAACAAGGAGCUGCAGCAGAGGCUGCUGGACACACACCUCGCCCACACCCUGGAGAAGGAGCAGCUGGAGUACAUCGUGCUGGAACUGCAGGACCAGCUGACUGUUCUAAAGAACCAUGACCUGCGGUCAAGACAGGAGCUGACUGCCCACCUGACCAAUCAGUGGCCCUCCCCCGGUGCCGUAGAAUCCAACGCUGUUGCCUUGGGAACACUGUUGUACUGCAAGAGGGCUGGACAGUGGGAGGAGAAGAGUCUCCACAGCCUGGAGCAGUCAGCUGAUAUGAGCCUAUCACAGACCUCCCUGGAACCAUCACACUCCCUCAGCCUGGACGCCAAACCAGCCACCAACUGGCCCCACCGUGGUAAGGAGGAGAGCCCCUCUCUCAGGGGGCUGUGUGGCUCUCUCACCUCAGUGACCAGUUACAAGUCUCUGGCCAGCCUCAAGUCCAGCGAGUGUCUAGCCAGUCCCACCACGGACAUGACCAGCCCUGGCCUCACCCCCCCAUCCUAGGAUCCCUGCUCCCAGCCUCCCCUGACCCCAGCCCCCCCUAACCCCCACCGCCCUGUUCAAAGGAUCCAAGAAUGGGCCACAGUCCUCUGUUCUUCAUCACUUGAAUGAUUGUGCAGUUUACGAUACAGAACUGGACCCUCAGAGUGUAGGAACCAGGAAGACAGGAGGUCAGGUCUGGAGCGUGGAGCCACAGCUGGACAUGUGAGACCGGCCCGGUCUGAUCAAGCCCACAGAUCCCCUCAGUAACUCGAUGCCCACUCAAGACCUCACCUUUUUAAAAUAUAUUUAAUUGUCAUUAAUGUUCUCAUUACUUCACCCAGUGCUGAUCAAGGGACUGAGAUGUUUAUCAGUUAGAUGUUUGUAUUUGCACUUGUUUGCCAGGUGUAAUCCAUGGCUAGCAGCAGUGUAUGAGAAACAGUUAGUGAGAGAGACAGAUGUUGGUUGCAGUGGAUCAUAGGAUGUAUUAAUGUACUGACCACACACCCAGGCUUGAGGCCUGUAGGCAUCAUGUUUCCACUUGCUGCUUUGCUGCCUUACUGAAAAUCAUUUGAUUUUGAAUGUAUGUAGAAUCAGUUCAGCAUUUAAAUGUUGUAUUUAUGUAUCAUGCAGUGUUCUGCUAUUCUUCUUCUUUUCAUUCUCAGGAAAUGUUAGUGGUGGUGUAGGGAUGGUUUAGUUCAGUCCAGUUUGGAAGCAUAAGGACAGAGUUAGAAGUUCUGCUCUGUGUUCUGUCCUACGCUGGUCACAACAAGGUUCUAGAAUCACUGCGUCGCUCAUGGUUCUAGAAUCACUGCGUCGCUUAGGGUUCUAGAAUCCCUGCCUCGCUCAGGGUUCUAGAAUCACUGCGUCGCUCAGGGUUCUAGACUCACUGCGUCGCUCAUCUCUGGGGCCUGUCCCACCAGACUGAAACGGCCUGCUCUCAUCUGGCCUGCGGCUGGUGGGGCGUCCCUGCUCUGUUCAGAGGAGCAGGCCACACGGGGGGGUAGCUGGACACAAUGUACACAUCAUGUCACUCUGGGGGAUUUGGUUAGCUGUGUGUUGAUGGUAAACUCAUGACUAGGCUUUCUUCAUUUGUCUUUUUCCUGCAGUUUUUUGCACAUAAAUUUAAUGUUUUUAUCCUGUCACUUUGAAUAAAUUAAGUACUUGCCAGAAUA